AUGCCGGAGGCCUCGAGGCAGGAGGAGUCGGAGCCCUGUUCUGCGUCGCAGUGCGAGGGGGCCUGCCACGCGCAGCGCGUCCUGCAGACACUCAACACGUACCGGCGGAGCGGCACCCUCACCGACGUGGUGCUGCGCGCCGGUGGCCGCGACUUCCCAUGCCACCGGGCGGCGCUCAGCGCGGGAAGCGCCUACUUCCGCAGCCUGUUUGCGGCGGGGCUGCCUGAGCGAGGCGUGAGCGUGGUGCCCGUGGUGCCUGAGGGGCCGGGCGCAGAGCCCAGCAUGGGGCCUGCUGGCGCGGCGGCGGCCACAGCGCUGGCAGUGGUGCUCGACUACGUGUACGGCGCGGGCGUGCGGCUGCGCGCCGAAGAUGAGGCGGCCGCCGUGCUGGCUCUGGCCGAGCGGCUGGGCGUGAGGGGUCUGCGCGAGGCUUGUGCGCGCUUCCUCGAGGGCCGCCUGCGCGCUGCCAACAGCCUGGCGCUGCGCCGCGUGGCCACCGCCUUCUCGCUGGGCUCUCUGGCGGAACGCUGCGGCCGUGUGCUGCGCCAGGCUUUUGUCGAAGUGGCGUGCCACGCGGACUUCCUCGAGCUGACUCCCGACGAAGUAGCGGCGCUGCUGGCCGACCCGGCUCUGGGUGUGAGCCGAGAGGAGGCCGUGUUCGAGGCGGCCAUGCGCUGGGUGCGCCACGACGCGCCAGCCCGACGGGGCCAGCUGCGGCGCCUCCUGGAACACGUGCGCCUGCCCUUGCUGGCGCCCGCCUACUUUCUGGAGAAGGUGGAGGCUGACGAGCUGCUGCAGGCCUGCGGCGAGUGCCGCCCGCUGCUGCUGGAGGCCCGAGCCUGCUUCAUUCUGGGCCGCGAGUCUGGGACGCUCCGCUCCCGGCCGCGGAGAUUCAUGGAACAAGCAGAAGUGAUCGUGGUCAUUGGCGGCUGCGACCGCAAGGGACUCCUGAAGCUGCCCUUCGCCGAUGCCUACCACCCGGAGAGCCGGCGCUGGACGCCACUGCCUAGCCUGCCCGGCUACACGCGCUCCGAGUUCGCAGCCUGCGCCCUGCGCAAUGACAUCUACGUCUCCGGAGGUCACAUCAACAGCCGAGACGUGUGGAUGUUCAGCUCCCAUCUGCACACCUGGAUCAAGGUGGCCUCACUGCACAAAGGCAGGUGGAGGCACAAGAUGGCCGUCAUUCAAGGCCAGCUGUUCGCGGUGGGCGGCUUUGACGGCCUGCGGCGCCUGCGCAGUGUGGAGCGCUACGACCCCUUCUCCAACACCUGGAGCGCGUUGGCGCCGCUCCCGGAGGCGGUGAGCUCGGCGGCGGUGGCGCCCUGCGCCGGGCAGCUGUUCGUGAUCGGGGGCGCAGGCCCGGACGGCACCAACACCGACAAGGUGCAAUGUUUUGAUCCCAAGGAGGAACAAUGGAGCCUGAAAUCACCAGCCCCUUUCUCACAGAGGUGUCUUGAGGCUGUCACCCUUGAGGACACCAUCUAUGUGGUGGGAGGCCUCAUGAGCAAAAUCUUCACCUAUGACCCUGGCAGAGAUGUCUGGGGGGAGGCAGCUGUCCUACCCAACCCUCUGGAGAGCUGUGGUGUGACUGUGUGUGAUGGGAAAAUCCACAUCCUUGGCGGGCGUGACAGGCAUGGGGAGAGCACCGAUAGGGCCUUCACCUUUGACCCCAGCAGUGGGCAGGUGGAGGCCCAGCUAUCCCUGCAGCGCUGCACCAGCUCCCAUGGCUGUGUCACCAUCGUCCAGAGCUUAGCCAGGUGACUCAGAGUCAGAUGGCCUCAACCAGGAAGCUGAGAGG